AAAUACACUACGCAACAGUGUUCCUGUCCAUGAUGGAAUCUACUUUUACUACACACCAAUUUGUGAUCCUCCUCCAUUAUUAUUUAGUAUUUAAAGUGAUCGCUUACGACAACCUUGUUACAAGCAACGCCAUUUGCGACUUCCCAUCAUGCAACACGAUCGAAUUAAAGAAUGGGAUUUCAAUUCGCUUGGAAACAAAACUUGUAACUGGGAUGACGAAUGAAGAAGCCAGGUGGCCAGAGGUGAAAAGAGCCAACAAUUACGUAUGCAAACUUCCAGCAUGUCUUUCUGCCCCUUGUCUAAAUGGAGCAUCAUGUGUGGAGACAUUCCAAGGCUUUAUCUGCGAAUGUUCACCGGGUGUUUACAGCGAACAUUGUGCAUGUCUUUCUAAUCCAUGUCUAAAUGGUGGAACAUGUACGGAGACUCUCCAAGCAUACACCUGCGAAUGUACCGCUGCUUACGAAGGUCAACACUGUGAGACGCCCGCUGCACCCCCUGUGGCAUCGGCUCCAGGGGUGGUUCCUACUCCAUGCCCAUGGAGUCAAAGCUGUCCAGAUUCUUGGAGUAAUUAUCAAAGCAACUGUUAUCAGUACAUCCACACCUCGGUACACUUCAGUCCUGCGUUGUCGAGUUGCAGAGCUAGCGUCCAAUCGAACUGCGAAGCUGACCUCGUCUCCAUCCACAGUAUUAGGGAGUUGGAAUUCUUGAAGCAGAUCUGCGAAACAACGCCCUCGAAUUGCGACUCGCAGUGGAUUGGCCUCAGCCGGACUGCCUACUCCGACCCAUUCGCGUGGACGGACAAAACGCCUCUCAACUACACGGAAUGGCAGAACGGAGAGCCUACCAGCAUUGGUCCUGGUUACUUCUUCUCAUUGUUUUGCGUCCAGAUGAACAUGACCUCUUUGGAAUGGGUAACGACAUCGUGCUCUGAAGAAGUUAGUUCAUACACCUGCAAGUUUUCAAUGAAUCAGGAAAGUUAGUGGGUUGUCGGGCCUCCCACAGAUUAAACCAUCUAUUUAAAGUUUUGAGGGAAGAAAAUGGUUAUCAUUCGAGAAAGAACUUCAAACUCCGACAUAAAAACCGAAUUCAUUUUAAUCUUCUUAGUUUUUAGUUUUAAAGUAGUAUGUGUGCUCGUUUAGAAAAAAGUGUAAUUAUCGAAUAUCACUCACUUAUUUGAAAUAAUAUCAUCAAGAGGCAGGUCAAGUAAUGACUUUCUCCUCUUUCAAAAUCAUGUUGUUGUAUCAAAUGUACUGAUUAUUUCUGAUAAGUCAUUGUAUCUAAAUUUCUUUUUAUAUUCUUAGAGUGUCAGUAUCAGAAAUGCUUAUAUUUCAUGAAUAUUGGUUAUUGAUGAUUCAAUUUAAAUAAAAAAGCAACAGUUCAACUUUCCUCUUCGAAUCAAUGGAUGCCCUUAUCAACCUUAUUUCUGUUUAUUUUGCUUGACUGAGAAUCCUGAUAUUCUCUCUUAAAAGAAACGAAACAAAUUAGACGAGAUAAUAAAAACACUGUUACAAUGUUCGCGAACCUUUAAAAAAGCUUAGUAUGGAAAGUUUCAAUAGGGGAGGGGUAUCCAAAUUAAACUCAAGUUACUCAAAUGAGAUUGAUAUCAACUGUGUAGAGAGAUCCAUCUCAAAUUUAGUAUGGUCUAUCGCCACUCUUUGCGAGACGGGGUCUCCAUUGAUAAAUAUAUACAUGUAUAUAAAUAAUAAUACAAGUUUUCACGGUUGACUAUAGGUUCGUCAGAUUUGUUGCUACUCAGAGUUUCAUGCAACCUACGUGAGGUCCGGCGUGAGGUGCGAUCAUACAGGCAACAUGUAUAUAAACAUAUUUAUUUGUAAAUUUCAUACUAUGUGCUACUGUCCCACAUUUCAUUUUAUAUGCUAAAUUAUAUAUGAAUUUUUCAUUAUCAAUAUUGCUCUUUUGAUUUCUUCUAUGAAUAUUGUUUGGUAAAAUUAGCUGAGGCUGCGAUAUGAUAAAACAAAUUGGGCCAAAUGAAAAAAAGAAAAAGAUUUGGAAUACCAUGGUAUAAUUAAAGCAGUAUUCCUUAUCCUAUUUGACCACUGAUGUGCAGCUUUGAGCUGCAGCUGAUGGGAAGGUUUGGGGAUUUAAAGGAAAGGAAGUAGGGGAUUAUACCCCUGUAUAGGGAAGCAUGAUUCAAUUAUCCAAUCAGGCAGCAAUUACGAACGUAAAAUCGAAUGCUCUUAAAUUAAUUCACCAAUAAUGGAAAUUGUUCAUUUUGAUCAUUGAUGACUUCACCAAAAUACUGUGUAGAUUUGCUAUUUACGGUUCAUAAGUUAUCUCGGUCGGCUUUUUCGACCUACCCGAUUUAUCUUUAGUGAAUUGAAUUUUUCUUAUUUUGAUGAAAGAUUUCCUGGCCAGUACUGGCCUGAAUUUUAAAUGUACAACAAUCCUCAUUCUUUGAAUGCUUGAGUGUGUUGGAGUUUGUGAGGGUGCGUGAUUGUGUGUGUCUGUAUGUGCUCAAACACACGUAUUCUUGUUUGUGUGUUGAAUAUUCUUUUUUUUUUGUAUUUUGUGUUUGCAUUUGUGUAUUCGUAUUUUUGUGUCUCCAUACCUCUUAUAUAGGUCUACAUCGUAUUCAUUAUUAAUCUUGCAUAAUAAUGGUUGAUCUUGGUUUUUACGGCAUCUAUUUAGAGACUAUAAGGGAUGCAGUCGAGAAUAGGUAAUUCAUAGUGUCUAUGUUCAAAUGAGGCCAUAACGUAUUUCUUUCCAAUGCGAUGCUACCAUUUCAUGUAAAACACUGCAUUAUGUUAUGUAAGAUUUGAGUAUUGAUAAACUAACACUUAUGAUCACUAGACAGAAUUGAUUGUCCUUUGUUUAUAUCUGCUUGUCUACAUAUCUCCUAGUUCCUUCUUCUUUCUCCCUUUUUUCACUGAAUCUUUAUACUUGGACGGAAAUAAAGAUCACCCUAAAUCACCCUAAAACCUGGAUUGCCUUGCAUUCUCCGAUUAAAAAUUAUUAUUUUACUUUCUUUUCAUAUUUAUCGAUUCUUUGUACCCGUACAGUAAAAAGUUCUACAUUUUGACCAUGAUCUAUGUUUAAACAAAUUAACGUUACCAUAUUUGAAAUAAUAAGAACCAGAAUUUUAUUAGAUACAUUUCUAAUCAGUUGCUGAAAAAAUGACUCAAUAUUCUCAGGAAUGUAAAGUGUCAAUUCUUGGUAAGUAUGUCUAAAUGCCGAUAUUGUUAAUUUCAACUAUUUUUAUACAUUUCAUUACUUAUUUCGUGCAAUACAAGACUUAUCUGAUAAUUGAUGAUAAUGAAUUCGUUGUAGGGUCUAUCUUGUAUUCCAACUAAACUUUCUAUAGCCAGACAGGACUGUGUUAUUAAAAAAACGUCAACUAUGCUUAUAUUGGGCUACCAAUUUGUUUGGGAAGGACCUCUCUCACAAGCGUAGCUUCUCGAUGUGGUCUUUAAAGAAAAAAUAUUAUUAUCUAAACAUCUGUUAAUGUUUCAUACAGUGGGUCUAUGGUUGGUGUCGUGUAUUUGUGGGUGCAUAAACAUGCAAACAUGGUUUAUUUAUGUAUGUUUAUUUUAUUAAUAUAUUUAUAUUUACAUGUAUUAUUAUGAUGUAUUUAUAGUCUGUGAUUUGUUAUUCUUUGUUCCUAUGCACUUUUUGUUAUUAAGAGUCUGAUGACAAUUUUUGUGUUUUUUAAUUGAACAUUACAA